AUGGGAGAAGCUGUAGAACCCCAGGAGCGAGCUCGAGCCCAAGCCCAAGCCCAGGCGCAAAAACGAUCCUCUUCGCAAGCAUCUACCUCGUCCAUACGGAGCCAGAGAGGUAAAACAGUUCGUUCAAAACCUCUCAAACGCCUCAGUACAUGUUCGUCGACACAUACCGCCACAGAUCUUACGUCGUUCCCAUCUCUGUCUCCGGAUAGAUCGCCAGAAGGAUUCUUUGGCGAGCCUGCGUUGAACCAUGCUCUGAGCCGGGCUUUGCUUGUUGGGAAUAAUGAUAAAGAACCAGACGUUGAGCGUGGGAGGAAGGCGACCCUGGAAGGACUUACCACAACUUUACCCCAGCUCUCUGGUAGAGCUGCUUUGUUCAAUGACUCAGCACCCACGCAGGAUGUCCCUGGAGCCCUUCACCUGGCUAGUGAUGAACAUAUCGAGCGACUGAUAACGCGGACCGGAGCUGUGAGGUUGAUACGGCAGUUUGCAAGAGACUUAGCGUUGCGAGAUGCGGAAGUAUCGGCACUCAGGCUGCGUGCCGAUGACCGGGAACGAGAGUUGAAGAAGAUGCUGCGUGAAGUUGAAGUGUCAAAUCAUGAUAUUGAGCGCCGACUUUACCUGCUUGAGAACCCACCGGAUGGCUCCAUCGAUACCUCCAAAACCGACUCUACUGAAUUAUCAUCCGGACAGAGGAGCCUGACAUCCUCUAUUGACAAUAUGAUGAACCAGGCAAUGUUGGAAGGUGUAGGACCGCACAGGGAUGACUUAGAGGCCACUAUCAGGCCCCAUCGGACCGACAGUGAACCUAAGUCUGGUAACUCAAGUGCAGGAUCGUCUAAGAAGCCUAUGAAUGCUACCGGACGAGGUUGGCAGGACUAUGUAUGGGGCACUUCGACUGCUAGCCGGAGACAAAGCAGAGCAAACAGUGUUGGGAGUGAGGCCGGCGAUGAACUUCGGAUCCCAGCAUCGACAUCAAACCGACGGAAAGCACUUGACGGCCAACUGUUUCAGCCUCCAGGGGCCUCUACAGAGACCGCUAGUCUUGGUAUAGAGGGGACGCCGGCAUACAAAAGUGGUGACGGUGAUGAUCGGAGUAUCAUUUCCCAACGCUCUACAUAUUCCGUGGCUUCCUGGACUGUCAAACUUUUUGCUGGGAAGGGAAAAGAUAGCCAAGACUCAAACCGAAGCCGGGCGUCGUCAAGAAAUCCUGAGUCUAGGCAGAGUAACCAAUCUACUGCGCCCCGGGCGUCUACCCCUGCCGGCUCUGCUUUGGCUGCAUUAACUAGGAUAAACGGUGCUACUGGCGUACAACAGCUGUCUGCUCGCUCGUCCGGCGCAUCAACUAUGCGUAGUUCGACUGUGAACAACACAACAAAGUCACGCCGAUUGAGGGUUCAGAGCACUUCAAGUGCAGGAACGCCUGGAAGUGCUCACCCAGACAGUGACGCCACCAAUCUAGGGCCUGUUGAGAUGGAUGCAAUACUACCAAUGGAAUCUCGUCCCCCCACCCUUGCCUAUAUCCAUGGAGAGUAUAACCCAGGCGACCUGCUCACAGAUAGGUUUGGCUUCAUCUACGACCAACGGAGAAAUCGCCGCCAAAGAGAAGCAAAUGCGGACCGGCCUUCUGCAGAGCACCCUAACUCUACCAAUUCGGGUAGCCCUGCAGAGAUAGAUAACCCAGAUGAAGAUAUUGGUAGUAGCCAUGGACCUGGAAUAUGGCAAGACUAUCUAAAGACAGCUACAAGACCCACAGAACUCCUGUCACAUACUCCUGCGGCUGGGCCUGUCGUCUCCGUGGAGCAAAUUACCCAGCCGAAGCCGCGCGUAUCAUCAGUUGCAGUUGGGAAAAGUGGCGCAGUGCCAAUGGCGAAUAACUCUGCGCAACCAUCCGCAUUUACAUCGGCGGUCGUCUCAAACCGUGCUGAAUUUGCGGGGACGGAGGUUAGACCCCGUGAAACGUUCGUCUCCGAGCAGCAGCCUGUAAAAAUGCUGCUGCAACGUUUGACAGAACUGCACGAUGCAUCACAGCAAGAACGAACCGUAAAAUGGAACGAGUUCAUGCGAAAAGUGCGAGCUGAAAGGCGAAAGGAAGGUGAGGCUACCGCAGCGUUGACCCUACCUGAUCGCUCCAAGCCUUCUCGCGAUAUGCCAGAGGUAGCUCUAGCAGAUGGCGAGGUCAUCGGAAUUGCCGGUUUGGGGAACAAGGGCAAAAUCGGCCGUGCCAAAUGGAGAGAGUUUAGAAACCUUGUCUUGGGCGGCAUCCCAGUUGCAUACCGUGCUAAAGUCUGGUCUGAAUGCAGUGGUGCCUCUACCCUCCGAGUGCCAGGAUAUUAUGAUGACCUUGUUCACGGGCACAUAACCACCCAAACUGAUCCCGGAGCAACUGCUCAAAUUGCCAUGGACAUCCACCGCACAUUGACAGAUAACAUAUUCUUCCGUAAGGGACCGGGAGUUGCAAGGCUGAAUGAAGUCCUUCUUGCUUACUCCCGCCGCAACCCAGAAGUCGGGUACUGUCAAGGCAUGAAUCUGAUUGCUGGUUCACUCCUGCUGAUUUUACCCACCGCAGAAGAUGCAUUCUGGGUUAUGGCAUCAAUUAUUGAGAACAUCCUUCCUCCCCAUUAUUAUGACCAUGGUCUUGUUGCAUCGCGAGCAGAUCAACAGGUUUUGUGUCAGUACGUCUCCGAGCUGCUUCCAAAUCUAUGGGCACACUUCGAAAACCUAGGCAUUGAGCUCGAAGCUUUAACUUUCCAGUGGUUCCUUUCGAUCUUUACCGAUUGCCUGUCAGCAGAAGCCCUCUAUCGUGUAUGGGAUGUUGUCUUCUGCCUGAAUGCCCCCACUACCUUUUCGUCUACGGCUCCAACAUCGACCCAAGAAACCGCUGAAACCACUGCAGCUGGGCCUGCUACCUCAAAGGGUUCUUCUUCUCUUUCUACCGUCGACCAGGAUGUCACUAGCACGAACAGUGAUGGAGGUGGAAGUACAUUUUUCUUCCAAGUUGCUUUGGCACUUCUCAAACUUAACGAGCCACAACUUCUAACUACUUGCUCAACGCCAGCCGCUGUUUAUUCAUACCUCAACCACCAGAUGACAAACCACGCAAUUAGUAUCGACGGUCUGAUUCAAGCCAGUGAAGCAUUGCGGAACGUUGUUAAAAGAGAUGACGUCCUCACUAGGCGAUCCGCUGCAAUCGAAGCGAUGGCUACAUCUUCCCGCCCUUCGCAUAUCCCCCAACCAACUCCUACAUAA